ACGCCAAUCACCACACGCUUGAGCACUUGAGAAGAAGCUAUGAUUCCGUUCAGAUCGAUCUUCAAGAGACAACUCGGUGCACGCCAGCUUCACCAGUUCAGUGAGCUAUGGCAUCAGUCUCUCAACGUUGAUCAGAAGCUGCUCCAGGAAGACCUCGAACAACCUCUGUUACCGCACUUAAAGGAGAGAGGAUUGGUCUCUAAUGUCACCAGCGAGGAGCAGCUAGGUGAGCUGAUUGAGAAGACUAAGCUCGGGUUGUACUGUGGAGCAGAUCCUACUGCCAAAUCGCUCCAUUUGGGCAACCUGUUACCCCUGAUGAUCCUACUCCAUUUCAACAUUAGAGGACACGACAUCACUGGACUGGUUGGCGGCGCCACCGGUGCCGUUGGUGAUCCUAGUGGCCGUACUACUGAGCGUUCUGCCAUGGAGGACCAGACGAGGCUGGACAAUGUCUCGAGGAUCUCUGGUCAGAUGGAGAGGUUCUUUACCAGCGGUGUCCGCUACGUCAAGUCUUUGGCCAUCACGCCAAUGGUGAAUGAAGGUGCCAUAUCCACCAGAAACAACUACGAAUGGUGGAAGGACGUCACCUUCCUAGGGUUCUUGUCCACCUACGGUAGACACAUAAGAGUCGGACAAAUGCUUGCCAGAGAUAGUGUCAAAGGUCGUAUUGAAUCUGAGAAUGGUAUUGGAUUCAACGAGUUCGCAUACCAGGUCCUACAGGCCUACGACUUCCACUACCUGUUCCAGAACGACAAUGUGAGCAUCCAAGUUGGAGGAAACGACCAAUGGGGUAACAUCACCGCUGGAAUCGACUUCAUCACCAGGCUGAAGGACCCCAAGUCGAAGAAGCAGCCUUUUGGCAUCACUGUCCCACUCUUGACGACUUCUUCAGGUGCCAAGUUUGGCAAGAGCGCAGGCAACGCCGUCUUCAUCGACUCCUCCAUCACCCCGAGCUUCGACCUCUACCAGUACUUCAUGAAGACCCCUGAUUCCGACGUUGCCAAACUGUUGAAGAUCUUCACAUUCCUUCCCAUCAAGCAGAUCGACUCCAUCGUGGAGAGACACAUGAAGGACCCUUCCUACCGCAAUGCUCAGAGGGUCCUGGCAAACGAGGUCACUGAUCUGAUCCACGGCAUCGGCUCAGGGAAGGAUGCUGCUGUCAUCUCGCAGAUCCUGUAUCCAUUGCCAGACCUUGCCUAUCCAGACAUUGACUCUGAAACGUUGAUCCACUCUUUCAAGAACGCUGGUAUCCUCACCACUCUAGAAGGUGCCGAAUUCUUGAACAAGCCAUUCAGCACGUUGGUGGCGAAGCUCCACGGCUGCUCAAAGAAGGAGGCCAAGAAGCUGGUUGCCAACGGUGGUGUCUAUCUCGGCUACGACAGGUUCAAGGUCGACACCUCUGACUCUUUGCUGCUGACCAGAGAGCAAUUGAUCGAUGGAAAGAUCCUGCUGCUGAGGGUUGGUAAGGCGAAGUACUGCAUUGCUGAGAUCGUCUAGUCGCUGCUGAGAUCGUCUAGUCGCUGCUGAGAUCGUCUAGGCACUGCUGAUUAUACUGUACAUAGAGCACUAACCCUAGCUGUAUAUAUAUAUUAUAUUAUAUAUAUCAUAAUAUAAUAUAAUCGUCUGU